AUGGCGACGGCGGCGAAGCGGCCCAGGGCGGAAGGAACCUCCGGAGGCGGGGACAAGCCUCUCCUGGCCUUCCUAAACUGGUGUCGAGAGGUUGGACUGGAGCUGAGUCCCAAGGUUUCCGUGAGCCGGGAAGGCACCGUGUCCGGCUAUGGGAUGGUGGCCCUGGAGGACGUGCAGCGCGGGGAGCUGCUCUUCGUGGUGCCUCGGGCGGUGCUCCUGUCCCAGAAGACCACCUCUAUCAGGGGCCUCCUGGAGAAAGAGCACGGCGCCCUGCAGAGCCAGUCGGGCUGGGUGCCCCUUCUUCUGGCCCUGCUCUACGAGUACCUGGCAGAGGAUUCUCCCUGGAAGGGCUAUUUCUCCCUCUGGCCGGAGCUGGGCAGCCUGCGGCACCCUAUGUUCUGGUCCGAGGAAGAACGGAAGCAGCUCCUACAGGGCACUGGUGUGCCUGAAGCCGUGGAAAGGGACCUAGCCAGCAUCAGCUACGAGUACGGUACCAUCGUCCUGCCCUUCUUGGAGGCCCACCCAGAUGUCUUUCCCCUCCAGGCCCAAUCUCUGGAACUCUACCGCCAACUGGUGGCGAUGGUCAUGGCCUACAGUUUUCAGGAGCCCCUUGAAGAGGAGGAGGAGGAGGAAGAGGAGCCCAAUCCCCCUAUGAUGGUACCAGCUGCUGAUAUCCUGAACCAUGUGGCCAACCACAAUGCCAAUCUGGAAUACUCCCCAGAAUGUUUAAAGAUGGUAGCUACCCAGCCAAUCCCCAAAGGCCAAGAGAUCUUUAACACUUAUGGCCAGAUGGCCAACUGGCAGCUGAUCCACAUGUACGGCUUUGCUGAACCAUAUCCUGGGAACACCAAUGACUCAGCUGACAUUCAGAUGGCCACAGUGCGGGCAGCAGCCCUACAGGGCGCCACGACAGAGGCAGAGACGCGCCUGCUGGGGGAGCGCUGGGAUUUCUUGUGCCAGCUGGAGAUGGUAGGCGAGGAGGGUGCCUUUGUAAUUGGCAGAGAAGAGGUGAUUACUGAGGAGGAGCUGUCUGCUACACUCAAGGUGCUUUGCAUGCCAGCUAAGGAAUUCAGGCAACUUAAGAAACGAGACAGCUGGGAGGAAGAUGGCGAGAAUAGCUUAAUUCUGACAAAUAAGACUAUCCCCAAACUAAAAGCUUCCUGGAAGGUGCUUCUCCGAAACAGCACCCUCCUGACCUUGCAGGCUUAUGCCACAGACUUAAAAAGUGACCAAGAACUACUUCAUAAUAAGGAGGCUCGGGCCAAACUCAGCUGGAAGGAAGAACAGGCCUUGCAGGUGCGCUAUGGGCAGAAGAGGAUCUUGCACCAGUUGUUGGAACUGACCAGCUCCUAACCUCUGGCCUCCCCUUCUCUCCUCAAACCAGGGAAGCAGAUGAGCAAAAAUCGCUUCUCAGUCAUUUGGAUUUGCUAGGUCCAGUUUCCAAGCUCUGGACUUUUUAGUGUACCUUUCUGUUGACUUUCAAUUUGUGCUAUAUAAAAUUGCUUAAUUCAUUUAA